GCCCAUCUGCCGCCCGCCGGUCGCCGGUGCAGCGGCAAUGCCCCGCAGCCCGGCCGCGGCCCCCGGCCCGCCCAGCUAGCCCCGCGCCGCGAGUCUCGGAGUAGCGAUGGGCAACACGGUGCACCGGACCCUGCCAGACUCCAGCCCUCCUGCACGCCUCCUGGCCACCCGGCCUUGCUACGGCCCGGGCCCAGAGAGGCGAGCGGUCCUGGGCGAGGCGCCGCGCUUCCAUGCGCAGGCUAAGGGCAAGAACGUGCGUCUGGACGGCCACUCGCGCAGGGCCACGCGGCGGAACAGCUUCUGCAACGGAGUCACCUUCACGCAGCGCCCCAUUCGCCUGUACGAGCAGGUGCGGCUGCGCCUGGUGGCCGUGCGUCCCGGCUGGAGCGGUGCUCUGCGCUUCGGCUUCACUGCGCACGACCCGUCUCUCAUGAGCGCACAGGAUAUCCCCAAGUACGCCUGCCCCGACCUGGUUACGCGGCCUGGUUACUGGGCCAAGGCGCUGCCCGAGAACCUGGCGCUGCGGGACACAGUGCUGGCCUACUGGGCCGAUCGCCACGGUCGCGUCUUCUACAGUGUCAACGAUGGUGAGCCAGUGCUGUUCCACUGCGGCGUGGCUGUGGGCGGCCCACUCUGGGCACUCAUCGACGUCUAUGGCAUCACGGACGAAGUACAGCUUCUGGAAAGCACCUUCGCUGACACGCUGACCCCCCUGCGCCUGGGUCAGGCUCGCCUCAGCGCCUGCCCCCCUCCUGGCAGCCACGACGCUGCCAACUUCGACAACAACGAGCUGGAGAACAACCAGGUGGUGGCCAAGCUGGGUCACCUGGCUCUCGGCCGUCCCGACGCCGCGGUCCCGUGCGUGGCCCGCGAACGCCCGAGGCCCGCCUCAUCGCCCGCGCUGCUGGACGCCGAGCUGCGCUUCCACGCCACGCGCGGACCCGACGUGAGCUUGUCCGCCGACCGCAGGCUAGCCUGCGCGCCCCGCCCCGACGGCGGCCGCACGCUCGUGUUCUCCGAGCGGCCGCUGCGGCCAGGGGAGAGCCUGUGCGUGGAAGUGGGGCGCCCGGGGCUGGCGGCACCCGCGGCUGUGGCCUUCGGCAUCACGUCCUGCGAUCCUGGCGCGCUGCGGCCAUCCGAGCUGCCCGCCGAUCCCGCUGCGCUGCUGGACCGCAAGGAAUACUGGGUGGUGGCUCGCGCCGGGCCCGUGCCCAGCGGAGGCGACGCGCUCAGCUUCACGCUGCGACCCGGCGGCGACGUCCUGCUGGCGGUGAACGGGCGCCCGCGGGGACGCCUGCUGUGCGUGGACACCUCACAGGCGCUCUGGGCCUUCUUCGCGGUACGCGGCGGUGUGGCGGGCCAGCUGCGUCUCCUGGGUACCCUACAGUCCAGUUCUGAGACCAUGACGCCAUCAGGGUCCUUCAGUGGCUCCCAGGAUGACAGCGAUUCAGACAUGACCUUCGGCGUCAACCAGUCGUCCUCAGCAUCAGAAUCGUCUCUGGUGACAGCCCCCAGCUCCCCUCUGAGUCCCCCGGUGUCCCCAGCCUUCUCCGCACCCGAGCCGACCGGCAGCAGGAAUGGAGAGUGCACAGUGUGCUUCGACAGCGAGGUGGACACGGUCAUCUACACGUGUGGACACAUGUGCCUGUGUCAUGGCUGCGGCCUGCGGCUCCGAAGGCAGGCACGGGCCUGCUGUCCCAUCUGCCGGCGGCCCAUCAAGGAUGUUAUCAAGAUCUACAGGCCGUAGCUGUGCAACUGGCUCGGCCAAGGCAAGGUCACCUUUCUGAAGCCCCUGCUAGGUGGGCGACACCAUGGCUAUCAGGGAGCCUGGGGUCAGGAGCCAUCUCUCGUCUGCCACUCCGCAGUGAUGAGCAAGGCAGGACAGGUAUGGAGAUGAGGCCCUGGGGGCCAGAGCCCAGGCAAGCACUUGUUGCUUCUGGCUCAAACACACAUCACCCCCAAAAGCCUGUCCCAGGAUUCAGCUCAGGAACUGCCUGGCAGAUCACCUGCCUCUUGGUGACCUUCAGCUGGGAAAGGGUACCCUCUGUCUGUGCAAUGCUUCUUUGGGGUUGGGUUGAGUGUGUGUGUCUGGGUGGGGGGGUGGGGAGACAGCACGGAGAAUGGGUGAGAGAGAAUGUGUGAAUGUUUUAUGUAGGGAUCCAUCUCCUGGAGGGUAUUUAACACUACGGAAUGUGCAAUCUGGGCCCAACUGUUAGUGUGGUUGUCCACUUUCUGGGGAUUUAGGUUUUUCUGCAGUGAGCUAGCUUUGAACACAGGAGGCCUGAACCUACACAGAGCUCCCUCAAUGGCGCUCAGAUUUUCUAAGGGAGAGCAAAAAUAACUCACUGUUUACAGCUCCAGACAGCAGCUCCUGCUGAGGGGAGAAGGUAGGCGGAGAACAUCGGAGAACAGGUGGCUUUCGCGUCUCACUCAGCCUAGGAGUAGCCUUCCCAAGGCAGCUGAGGACAGGUGCCCCAGCUGUAGCAACUAGAGUCCUUUAUCCCCAGCCACUAGAACAGUAAACACCUCAGCCUUGUCCCUACUUGCUGUGGCGUUUUAUGACGUCCUUGCUGUUCUCUAGGACAACUCCGUGUCUCCCAAGGUAGAAUUAAGAGCUUAGGGCAUGUCCCAGUGAGCAGCUGGCAGAAGCUAGAAGACCCAGACCCCUACCUCGUCCUUGUCCUGACUCUCAUUUUCCUGUUGAUUAUUAUGGUGUUAAGUACAUCAGUUAGCUACUCGUGAGGAACUGACUGAAAAUGCUCCCCACUCCUGGGCCUGUUUGCUGCCAUUUCCCAGGCCCCUGGCCCUGUCACCCUCUCACUGGGUCACUUAUGUCUGUAGGCUUCCAGACUUUGCCAUUGCGGAUGCUCUGGCCGUGUGUGCCACCCCUCCCUUCUAAAGAGCCACGGGUUGUACCGGAUGUGCAUCCACCUACCCUGAGCUGUACCUUUAGUGAAGUUCCUUGACCCUCCCUCUUCUUUGCUCCUACUUGGAAGCCUGGUGCCAGGGCAUUGGUGAGACCCGCUCUGUUGUUGUUGUUGUUGUUGUUGUUGUUGUUGUUGUUGUUUUGAGAGAAAGCUUGAGACACCUUGCCAGGAGCAACUGUUUCCUCACAGUGCCUAACCUGGCCCUCUCUUGCUGUGAGGGAGGGAAAAAGAGGGCAAGAGAAACAUUUAGGAAGUGAGGUUCAUGGAACAGAUUUUGACAAGGAGCCAUGGAACACUUGAGAGCAGCCCAAGCCCCUCUCAGUGCCCCUGGUGGCUGGAGGCCUUGGGCCUCCACUGCUGCUCUGAAAGAGUCAGGAUCUGACCUGUUCACAGCUCCGCCUUCCUCUCCCAGCAAGAACCUCUGAGAGCUCGCUUUCCCUUAGGGAUGUCACGCCCACCUUUUCACUUUAGGAUGAUUCUCUUCCUUUUUCUUUUUCUUUUUCUUUUUCUUUUUCUUUUUCUUUUUCUUUUUCUUUUCUUUCUUUCUUUCUUUUUUCUUUUUCUUUUUCCUUUUCUUUUCUUUUUUUUUUUUGUGUGUGUUUUGGUUUGUUGUUGUUUUGGUUUUCCUGGAACUCACUCUGUAGACCAGGCUAGCCCCAAACUCAGAAAUCUGCCUCCUGAGUGCUGGGACUAAGGGUGUGGCACCACCACUGCCCUGGUGCAGCUGACUCCUUUAAGGAGCUAGAGUAACCCUUGUUCGCCUCGGUGAGAGUCUGAGAAUCAGGCGCUUUGGCUACACAGCUCAAUUUACACAGCCAAGCCUUUAGCUUCUAUGUGUGCUGGGCAUGGACAGAGCCUCCUCAUCGCCAGUGAUGAUGGCCGGGUUUCCAGGCAGCCGUGGUCCUGUCUGAAUAUUGUCUCUAACUGCCACAGUUUCAGAGAAAGGGGAACAAGUUCUCCUUUGCUUCUUGCCCUCCCAGAUAGACCCUUGAGGUGUAUCAGGGGUCACCCACAGCCACCACCAGGACAUCAACAGCUGAGGUCCUAGACUUAGGGGUGGACCAGGCAUGAUCCUGGUGACCUGUUACCAGGACAAAAAGGAACCACAGGCCUGUUUAACCUGCUCUGCAGCUGCUAUAAAUAGCUGCCUUGUUUCCCACAGAGCAAAGGGGGUGUUUCUGUUCUGAAAGUCGGGUAUUUGCCUGUGCUCUGAAAGACGGAGUCAGGCCCUAGAGAAAGUGUGUAUGUGUGUGUUUCAUCUCAACAACGGGCAGGAGGGAAAAGAAGCCAGUGUCUUUCAUACCGUCCACAUGCCUGGGCACUGAGUUAAAGAGGCACCUUUUUUCAGGACCCUGUGUAUAAGUUUUAGUGCCAUAUUGAGUCCCAUCUGAGACUUGGCUCGUUGUAAGGCUCUCCAUCUUAUGGGCAACUUCAAAAGCCACACCCACCUUAGCAUCCUGGGUGGUCAGAAGGCUCACCAUCUUAUGGGCAACUUCAUAAGCCACACCCACCUUAGCCGCAGGAUGCUGGGAUGCAGCUUCAGUUAAAGGCCAUCAGCUGCGGGACACAGGUACUCGGGGUCUAGGAAAUAUAACAUUGUCCUCAUUUGGCAAAUGAGCUCUGAGAUCCUGUGAGACUCUUUAAGUAUCACAAAACAGGAAGUGGCAGGGUUGGGAUUUCAAUCCCUGCAUCUCACCCUGGCCUGCCUGCCUUGCUUCUUAGGAAGCUCAAUACAGCCUGAGUCUUCUUUCCCUAGACUCACCUGGAAAGCCUGGCGCCCACACCUGUGUAGGAAGUUCUGGUCCCUCACUGCCCAAUUGCACUGGGACAAUGUCAUGCAGGGGGACGUCAUGCAGGGGGGCGUCAUGCAGAGCUGCUCUGGAGAGGGACUUUAGGCUGCCCCUUUCUGGGACCUUGCGGCCACCCUUCUCGAGGAGCACCCCAGCCAUUUUCCAAGCUUACUGCCCAUUUGUGCCCUGUGAACUUCAAAAGCCAAGAUUAGGAUGGGGAGGCCAGGGCCUCCCCCUAUACAUAGCAGCCAUAUCCCUGCCCCCUGGGAAUUUCUGGAAAAUAGUUGUUUCCCAGGCUAAGCAGGCUCCUCCUCUUACUGGUUGGCCCUCUUGGGCAGCUGUCCUGUGCAGGCUGCGACACACAUUUUCACUUGUUCAGCAUCCACUUACCAGCAUGGCUCAUGGUCAGAACAUGAGGUUGAAGACUGGGACAAAAGGCAAGGCCUGUGGGCAGCUCUCAGGCAAGAGAUCAUAAACUGAUUUGAUCACUCUGGAGUUGGGGCUUGUGCUAGCACAUAGUAGGUGCUCAGUAAAAGACUGCAGAUCAGAUCAGGAGCCAGGUUAGGAGUGGUCAGGGGGUUGGUGAAAUAGCAUCCAUUAUAUAUAUAUGGACACAAAGUCACUCAACAAACAUUUGCUGAGUGCCCUCAGGAUGCCAGCUGCUAUAAGGGGCAACAGAGAGCAAGCACCCAGCCCUGAUGCCUGAGUGGUACCUUCAGCAGGGCAAGACAGGGUGGAGCAUGUGGGCUUUCUUGACCAUUCUAUUGCCUUGGAUCCAUCUAAAUAGAUGCCCACAAUACUUUCUGCACCUACCUUAGGGGUGUUCUUUAUGGUGAGUGAGCCCUUGCCAAACAGCCAAGAUCCCACCAGUUAAUGACCACCCACAGGGAGUCUCUGGGCAGAAAACUCCCUGCCACUUCCAGGCACUGGAACGGGGAUGCACAAGAGCCCUGAAUUCCAGCUUCGAAUGGCAUUGUGCAGCCUUGGAACAUGGGAAGCGGUAACUGCUCACUGCUCUGUCCAUCCUGCCCUGCUGGGGACAUGGCUCGGGGACACUGGGCCUCCCAGCGUUCCUUAAUAUUUUAGUGUCUCACUGUUUCACCCAAGUCCCUAACAGAACUAUCCAUAUGACAAUCUGUCUGUGCCUUAUGGAAGUGUGUGUGUGUGUGUGUGUGUGUGUGUGUGUGUGUGCACUUUUUAUCCUUUAAAAUGCAACCCUUCAACGUGGACAAGAAGCUAGCAGAUGCGGUUGGGCUCCAGAUGCCAGCAAGGAGUCCCUGAGACCCUCUUGCAGUUUGCAGGUGGAAUGAUAGUGUUCACCCCCACCCAUCCCCGCUACCUGUGUACAGACCCUUUGAAACAUGUCUGUCCUUUAUGAUUCAAUACUGUGACUCUCCUAUACCGUCUAGUCUUUGGGGAACUGUACUAAAGGCCUGAGAACUUGGGGAGGGGGGUGAGUGGGAAGGGUUUGCGCUAGUCUUUGUGUGUUGUGUGUUCUGAUAUUUGUCUGUUUUUAUCUGUUUUAUAUUAACAUAAAUUUCCUGUUUGAAAACAAA